AGCCCCACCCCGGGCACAGCACGGGUGUCCGUGGCACCACCGGGGGAAGGGGGACGCUGCCGGCCCUGCCAGCAGCAGCAGCACACACGAAGGUUCGUGCCUGUCAGCAGAAGGCGACGAUGAAACCCAAGAAUGAUAGCAAAGAAAAAGAGAAAAGUUCACGAGGAACCAGAAGGGAAGAAGAAGAAGAAGAAGAAGAAGGUGAAAAGUAGUCGGAGCCAGACUGUCAUUAAAAUUGAGAAAGAUGUUCAGAUUGUCAUUGAAACUGAGGAUGCUGACCAGCUUCAGACAAAAACAAAGGUGAAGAAGAAAGAAAAGUCUAAAGAUGAAUGUUCAGACCUAUUGGAAGUGAAGAGGAAGAAGAAAAAGAAAACCAAAAAGCACAGGUUUGACUCUGAAUUGUGGCAAGAAACACGUUCAGAGAGCUUUGUGCUUCUGGGAGGCCAUCUGGAUAGAGAAGCUCCAGAGGACUCGGAGGAACAAAUCAAAAUUCACAGAAAGAAGAAGAAAAAAGUGCAUUGCCAUUCCCCCUCAGCGCUGGGGGGCAGUCACUGGAGCAGGGAUGUGGAGCUGCCAGAUCGUCAUGCAGAUGGCACCAAGAGGAAGGGCAGAAAGAAGGCUGCUCUCAGCUGGGAUGGGGAAGCAGCCAAGAAAAAAAAGAAGAAAGGUGUUUUGUCUUUUUCCUUAGAGGGCCUCCAGGACAGCAAACAGAAAUGGUGUGAAAGCAUUGGUACAAAACCACACAAAUGUCCUGCACGAGAAAAAGCUUUUAUGGACCCCAACUGUGCAGCAGCUGCAAUCCAGAACGAUGGGGAGAGUCGUGAGAGAAGAAAGAAAAGGAAGAAGAACAAAGUUAAGUCUGACUUCAUUUCACCACUAGCAGAUAAUCAGGAGAGCAUCUCGCAGGCUCCUCGUGGCACCGUAAAAUUAAGUGACAUUAGAGAAAGGCAAAGGACAGUGGCAGAUGGAGAGAAAGAAGACACUGCUGAGAACUCCAGAAGUAGUGGAGAGGCCAGGAGGAAAAAGAAGAGAAGCAAAGAUGUGCUUUCUGUAACGUAUGAAGAUAACCCAGAGUACAGGCACAGAGGUGCUGGUAAGCAUCUCCCAGCACAGCACAAAGUGGAGUCGGAGGAAAAAGAGCUCUCUGGGGAAAAAAGCAGGAAGAACAUCAAGGAUAAUCAAGUCAUCAAGAAAAAAAAGAAGAGGCAGAAAGAGGAGGAGAGGGAAAUAACAUACUCAAAAGUUUACCUAACCAAUCACAGUGCAUCUAAAAGCCAAAAAGUAACAGUGCUAGAAAGCUAUAAAAAGAAUAAAGAGAGUGAAAGGAAGCAAGCCCCAUGUGUCCCAGGGGACACUGUGGAGGGGGUGCUAUGCAAUAAUAAUCAUCUGCUCUGUGACAGGAAGGGCAGAAAAAGAAGAAAAGCAGCAGCACAGGACUGCACUGAAGAGCCAGGGUCAAAUGCCAGCAUAAAGAAGGUGAGAAAGGAAGCCGAGAGAGACGUGGCACUGGGACUCAUGGAUGAUGUAAUGAUUGUGCAGGAAAAGAAAGGAAACUGUGAUGAAGUUAACAUAGACAAGGUGAGGCGGCAGGCUCUGCAAGAAGAGAUCGAUAGAGAAUCUGGCAAAACCAAAACCAAGCUGUUCAGCCCCAAAGUGGAGCAGAAUCCCAUACUGGGCCAGUGGAGUACAGCUACUUUUGAAAGCUCUGAGAAACAAAUGAAGUUUUUUAGACUGAUGGGUGGCUUUAAAAAGGGCUCUUCUGGGCCUAUCCAACCUCUCUCUGCAACUACAGACAAAGCAAACAUGGCUCUGAACAAGGAAGGGGAAGAGAAGUUACAGCAGACUCUGAAGAUGGAAUUUGAUAAAGCAAUGAACUGGAAGCAGCACAGAGGAGUUGGUCUCGGAUUUCAACCUGCUGCCAACAAAAACGUGUACAUAGACAAAUACACAACUCGAUCUAUAAAGCUGGAAGAUUAAAAGUCUGAGGCAAUAAAAAGGAAUGAAUUUUCAGCAGGGACAUUCCUUUUUACUCUCCCCAGCUUUUUACUCGCAAUAAAAUACCCAGUGUUUAAGAGGUGUGAUUGAUGAGGCACUCUCAGUACACGUGUGCAACGGCAUACCCCACAGUAGCUGAAGUGAGGGCCCAGGGCAGUCUUGACACUAUGUUCUGUAAGGCAAGAGCCAGCCUCCUGCAAAGACUGAAGAGCUGUGGGCAGUGCCUGCAACAAGCUGAUAGUACUUCUGGGUUUAAAUGCUGGUUUCAUAAACUUACCUUUAGCCCCAAGUUAGCAAUUCAAAAGCAUCUGAGUCUUCUGUAAAGCCUUCCUCUUUUUACACUCAGGGUCUGACUUGGAGGAAACGCUGCAGGUUACCUACAAGCGUGAUGAGGGUAACCUUUUAACCCAAAGUAGUCUCUUCAGUACUGGCAUCUUCAUUAUACUAAUGAACAGCACUGAAUAGCCACUCUAGUUUAACUGUGCUCUGGCAGUUGGAUUUUCAAGCAGCAGCUGGUUUCUGUACAUUAAGGUACAUGCAUUCUGGACAAAGCACUGAACAGCUGGAUCUGGACCUCCCAACUUACAGACUGCAAGCUGAUUGCCAUAGUGAGCUUUUGGGCUCGUUGUAUGUCAGCCUGGAUGGAAUUUCCAGCCUUUGGCUUUUCAGACAACCUGCACUUUGUGCAGUUUGUGCCCCAGGCAUGUUAUUAAAAAGGAGCACAAAAUGAAGCUGCAUUUGUGUCUGUCACCUUCAGCAUGCAAGGGUGCAAAGCAGGCUCUUGCUUGAAGGUACCAAAAGAUCUCCCAGGUGUUUUAUUCCUGGCUGUGCCAUUUGCUAUGGGAGCCAGUGGUGGUAAGUGGUAGCAUAAUAGCAGCUGACAAGCAGGGGAGCCCCAGCCCCCCAGAAUUAGGUCACCAUCUUGACUUACCCAGCUCAUUGCUUGUCCACCAAACGACCUCUCACUUUUAUAGAAUCAUACCAACUGAACUGUUGUUUCUUGGUCUUCUAAGGCAACCUCACUCUCCACCACAGUCUUCUCAAGUAGACUGCACUACUCAAGUGUAGCUGCCUCUAGCAGCAAACAACAGCACCUGGGCAGCUCUCGAGGGGAUGUCAAAGUCAUGCAGAAGCCCCAGCUUAAGGGGCUGCCCUCAGUCUCUGCCUGUAACAGGGAAGAGGGAAAUGCUGAACCACUUCCUGCAGGAUCUGGACUUUCUUUUAAGGAAAGCAUUUCUUUCCUUUAAAGAGUCGUUUGAAACCACCACUUUGAGGUGAGUCUGUCUGCACAAGUUGCUCUCAAAGCUCACUUCAGGACAUGGCUUAGUGGCCACAGUGGUGUUUAAUGUGACAUUUGCACGCAGCCAUCUUGUAGGUCAUUUCCAACUGGCUUCAGCUGUUGCUUUAUUUCAAGUAGUGGAACUUCUGUUUCUGAUACUGAUUUAAGACAAAUAAUUAAUUCAAGGCCUCAGGUACUUGCCUGGCCAAAAAGUGAGUUAAAGAAUCAGGUAGGAAAAUGUCAACUAGAAAGGGACAACAUUGACAGCUUCCAGCUGCAGAGCCAGUCUUGGGUAGGUAGUGACUUUGUCUUGCAGUGCCCCUGACGAGAUGCUGAAGGUGAUCCUGGUCCUAGCCUUGCCUUUGGAUAAGGACUCUUCUUUCCAUCUACAACUGCAUAACAUCUACUGGUGUGUGCCCACUCUUCUUGACAGUAUGUACAAAACAGUGUUCUAGUUUGGAGAACAGGACACAUACCUGGGAAGAAAACAGCUGUUUUGGAGCCUGGCCUGUACAGUUGCUGUAGAAGAAAGAGGAGGUCUAGAGUAAGUGCUUUAACUACAGUUAAUUGGGUGUGGAAGUAAGCCAAAGGCAGUUUACUAGAGUGGCUGUGUUAGCUUCUGAGCUGGAUGUUUACAGUUUGCUCCUGACAACUAACCAGAGCUCUUUUUGUACUAAUAAAAACUGCAGUGAGACAUUUCAGAACAUCUCUCCUGGUGGUCUUGCAUCAGUAAAGAAACCAGAGCUACCCUGUGCUCAGAAGGCAACAGGCAACACUGGGUGCCUGCCUGGGGAAGGGGAGCAGUUGGGACAGUGAUGAGCCUGCUCCAAGAGUUUCCAUUGCAUAGAAUCUGGAACAACUCUGCGCUGGGUUUAGAGCAGGACGUUUGCCCCCAGAGGGCAAUUUCUGCCAUACCACAGCUGCUUAGUAUGACCCACUUGGUUAGAGAGCUCAGGAGUUUAAUCCCACUUACCCAGGUUGUGGUUUGUGUUGCUGAGCCCAACAGGAAGGAUCAUCUACGUGCUGUUGAGAGUUGCUUUGUGCAGCUGCAGCAAGAAGGAAAGCUCAAUUAAAAGUGGGAUGUGACAACCUGUGCAGCACUGUUACUGAAUUAUCUAUGCACACUUCUGACAGAAUUAAGGAAGGUCAGUGUAAUUAAAGUAGCAAUGUACUAAAGGUUGGAGAGGUUCCCUACCAAGUUGCUAUCACUUCAUAAUUCUCUUGUGUUCCUGCAGCUAACACAUGUGGUCUGGAGCAGCACCAAAGGGUCCUAGUUCAGUUCUCUACAAACUUAACACAGAACACAUUUCAGAUGUGCCUUGCUUCCUACUGCUGAAGCAUUUACUGCUUCAGUGUUUCAGAUGUACCUUGCUUCACAGAGGAGAUAGACACAUGCAAGAAUGCUUUCAUAACUUGAGUGGUGUUUAUUACUGGCUUGCUAACUCCUUAAAUACCUGCUUCUAGCAAAGCUCAUUACUUGUUCAGCUUAACAAAACCCAAAUAUCUCUUAAUAUCCACAUAGCUCAGUACAAUACUUACCACUAGGCAAAAGCAGCAAGGUCUCAAGGUGCUUCCUCACCACAGGAGAGAAAGGGUGAGAGUGACAUGUUAUGGGGUGUAACAGCAGUGCACGUAACUGAACUCCACCAGGGUAAGGUGACCAAUUCACAUACACAGACUCCCCCAGAAGCACCAGGUGAGCUGCAGUUUGCUUUAUUCAGUGAUGUGUACUUUGCAUACAUUUCCAUUUUCCUUUGCAAACAGCACUGAAAGAUUCCCUCCACGGCUCCAGACGCCACUGAACUCACAUGGCAGCACAGAUCACGUCUGUGAAAGUGCUCUGUGGGAGUCAGAACAGUAACACCUUGGCCGUUUUUCUCUUCUACUGGAACUGCCCAAACAAAUGUUGGCAGCAUCCCCAAGCAGAAAGGUGCUUUAGGAGGACUGUUACAUUGAAGUGCUGCUUUCUACACGGGAGAAAAGGCUGUUCUGCAAGUGAGGUGAAGUUUGAGGCUAGGAAUUGAUCCCUGCAGAUUAUCUUCUUUUGUUACUAAAAUGACAACAGAUUAGAUGUCAAAAAGCUUUUGCAAGCACGGAGGUUCAAAACAGCUUUUGCUGAACCGAAGUCAGCAUUUAUAAUAAUAUGGUGGUAACAUGAACCAGAAACUCAGCUUCAGUUAUUACACUUGGCACAGUUUUACCUUUACCUGUGUCCUAGCAAGUCUGUCACACUAAC